AUGAAGACGUCCCCCUCAGGCUGCCUGUGCCUCGUCGGCGUGCUCCUGCUGGCCGCCACCGCCACCGCGACGCCCCGGGACAGUGAGGACAACUCCGAUGUCGUCGACCUCAUCACGGCGGACAUCAAGCUCUCCGAGGAGUGGGAAAUUGACGCAAACGUGACGGAUGUUGACGACACGACGGAAGCUCCGGAAUCUGGUGAGCAAACGGCCUCUUCCUCUCCCUCCAUCCCUCUGAACCAAUUCUGUCAAUUCUGUCUGUCUAUCUGCUGUGUGCGUGCCGUGGAUGGCUGUGUGCGUGAAGAAGACGCUAGUGAUUCCUUCCCCUCCCCGGGGCCCCUCCGUGGUCUUCAGACCUUCUGCGGCUGGGUGAUCCACCAAGCCUGGCGCAAGGCGUGCACUUCAAUCAAGCUGCCCUUUCAACUCGUUUAUCCCCAUCAGGACCUCUUCGGGCUGCGCCCUCACGUGCAUCAGCAACCACCACCUGCAGCAGCCCUGCCUCUGCCAGGGCGCAGGCACCCCGCUGCUGCUUAA